CGUGCGCUUUGCAUUCAACACUCAGUUGUAAGGCAACUUUAGAGGUCAUCAAACGCUUUAUAGGGACCCCUUAUAACUUCACACGUCAAAUUAUUUUGACAUAUUUAUUGAAAAUUAUCGAAAAUACUUACUUAAAACGUCCCACCUUGUAUCGUAACGAGUUACAGUGUCGCAACAGUUAAGUGGUACUUGAAAGUUGUCAUAGUGCUACGAACAUUGUCAUCCCGGUUCCGACGUGUUAAGUUUCGGUUAAGUUGGUUCAAGUUGAGGUUUAAUUAAGUUUGUGUUAAGUGAAACUAUGAGUGCUUGUGAGUUUAGUGAUUGAUACCCCCUCGUGUUGGAUAUGGAAGGAUUUGACUCCAGUUGAAAAUGUGGGAAAACAUUUUCUACGUUAAAUCUGUGAGGAAAAAGAGGACCAGUGUAUAGGGUCUCGCCAUGUCAAGCGGCAGUUGUUCCGGGCCGGGCGUAUGCGGGGGUGCGCGGCGGCGGCCACCCCCUCCCCCGGAGCCCGCGCUAUCGCUCGCAGCCGACCUCAGUGAGCUCAGCCUAGACCAGGGCUACCACACCCUAGCUGACUGCGGCCCGCCGAGACGAAGAAGGGAUAAUACCCUUAGUGAUGCGCUGUGGUUGAAGAUUUUGUCGUACCUUGAGGUAUCCGACCUCUGUCGAAUGUCCCGCGUCUGCAGACGAUGGGCUCGACUGACCACGAGGCUCAUCACGAGGCCUGAGGCCUGGAAGAAGGUGAGGGCCGCUGGGCCCCUGGAGAUCGCUGCAAGAUGCGCGGGAGCAAGGGCGGGGCCCUGCGUCAGUUCUGUUAGGGAGUGGCGCUCGAAAAACUGUGCGGUGACAGUAGCCAGUGCUCAGUUGCUGGUAGCUACCUUCAGAAACCUGACGCACCUCGCCGUGACCGGCUCUAGCAGUAUGGACGCCAGAGCUAUGGCGCCUCUCAUCACAGACCUCACGGAUUUGAGGCAUAUAGACCUUACAGGUUGUCCAAACGUGGAUUGGCCAGAUUGGGCGUGGUUGGAGACACGGCUGGCGACGCGCCGACCCCCAGUGGAGUACAUAGACCUGACGGACUGUGGGUCUGUGACGGACGCUGGACUGUGUGCGUUGCUCCACACCUGUCCAUCCUUGCAGUAUUUGUAUCUAAGGAGGUGUACUCUAGUCACAGAUGCAGGAGUUCGAUGGAUACCAUCUUACUGCGCGCUGAAAGAGCUCAGUGUGUCCGACUGUACCGGAGUCACGGACUUCGGACUGUACGAGCUGGCCAAGCUAGGACCGGCGCUGCGGUACCUUUCUGUUGCUAAGUGUACUCAGGUAUCAGACUCUGGUGUCAGAACCCUGGCCCGAAGAUGCUACAAGUUGCGGUAUCUGAACGCCCGAGGUUGUGGGGCCCUCGGAGACGAUGGCGUGGAAGCCAUAGCCAGGGGGUGUUCCAGGCUAAGGGCACUCGAUCUUGGUGCUACUGAUGUCUCUGAAGCGGGGUUACAGAUCUUGGCCCGAUGCUGUCCAAACCUAAAGAAGCUCGCUCUCCGAGGCUGUGAGUUAGUCGGAGACGAUGGUUUAGAAGCAGUAGCAUAUUACUGCAGAGGAUUAACACAGCUCAACAUUCAAGAUACACCGGUCACGUUAAGAGGUUACAGAGCGGUUAAGAAGUACUGCAAAAGAUGUGUUAUUGAACACACUAACCCUGGAUUUUGUUGAAAUGAGGACCUUUCAAUUGUGGUAAUAGUAUCGAGCAUAUUUGUGUCGAAAAGACUGUAGUCUAAUGGCGUAAAAGAAGAUUGAUGUUUCAAUUUUGUAUCUUUAAAAUACAGAAUGUAGGAAAAACAAAAGACUACAUUGUUAUUGAUAUAAGAAGACAGAAGUUUUGAUGUUCCAUAUUUAUUGCUUUGAUUAAAAAAUAGUCAAAAUGUUUGGUAUUAGGAAAACGAGACUCAAAUGGGAACUUGGAACAAGAGAUUUGAAAUCCUUUAAGCGAUCAGAAUACGAUAAGAACUCCGCUUCAGCAACUUUUGGCCUUGUUCAAACGCAAUAAGGUUUAUUUUCGUGCUGCAUUAUUACGGACUUGACCUUUACGUUCAUAUGAACGAAUCUCAUAAACAUGUAUUCUCAUAAGGGAAAAUUGAGUGUCUUUGUUUGAAUAAAAGCUUUUGUCAGAAAAUAAAUCAUAAUAAUACGCAAGUAUUUAUAUGAAUAACUGUCUGGUUGGGAUUUCGUUUUUAUAGACCUACAUGAUAUGACGAAUUUUACAGAGGUUUUUUACAAAAAACCUAUCUCGAACUGUGAAUUGUCUAUGUACAACUUUCCUAUUUUCAUAAUUAUUUUUGUAAAUAAAAAAAGAGAUUUUAGUAUACUAACAUUAUUUUAUAUAAAUGUAAAUGCUUUAAAUAUAAAUAUAACCGAGUAAGAUAAUGAUUUAAAAUAUGUUUUAGUUUAAGUAUGUAUUUAUGUACAGGGUACAGAAAAAGUUAAGGGUGUUUUAAAUGGGUGAUCAGGCGAAAAUGUGCGACUUGUAGUAUUGAAAAAAAAUCUUAGAAAAAGUUCGUAGAUCAUUCUACUAAGUUUGAUCCUAAAGGUUGUUCGAUACGAUUUUGUAACACCAAAACGUAUAACUUAAAAUUUAUGGUUUAAUACUGGACUUUGCAGUAAUGGUGUUUUUUUAUGGCAUAAAUUAAAACCAAAUCGUUAAAGGAGAAAUAUUUUACGUUGCUACAAAUCCGAGCUAAACUGUCGAAUUCGUUUUUUUGUUGAAAAUUGCGGACGAAAGGACCAAACAUAUAAUGAGAUAGGUAUUUAAUAUUUCUUACAUCGCUAUUAUUAGCUAAGCUACGCUUAAGCUAUACUAGGACAGCUUAGAUUAAAAACUUCUUAAUCAGUAAAUUUAUUCAGUAAAUGUAUUCAGGAUUUUGUACAUUAUCUCUGUAAUUAAUAUAGCUUUCAUAAUUUUACAUCUUCUCUAAAAGAAUGUUUAACGAGGAAUCUUAAUAAUUUACUAUUUUAGAAAAUAAUAUUUUUUCUCUAAAAGCCUGAAUAAUUUACUUACAGUCCAUUUUCCUCAAUUUAGAAUGAAACACAAUCUUUGCAUGUUCGCUUUUUUACAAAUUUUAUAGCAUUAAAUUAAAAAAAAUAUUUUAUGUCCGAAGAAGUUGACUACCUAUAUCUUCAUUGUAUACUAUUUUUAUUUUCCAAUAUAAAUAUACAAAUACAUGAAAAGCCCCGUGUGAAUAUCAAAUGCUUGUAACUAACAAAACCAUUACUGGAUUUGGUUCAGUAAUAAACUGAAUUCUGCCCCCGGCGACGUUUACAAUGUGAAUAUAUAAAAUAGCCCGCACUCAGUUAUCAUUAAACUAUCAAUUUGUGUGAAACAAAAUACGGAUAAAAUUAUGAUUCGGACAAAAUAUUGUGCCAUAGCGUUUCAUUCUACAUUUAGACUAAAAUUUUGCCUCGAAAAGUAGAUGUACCUUAUUGAUAAAAAAUCAUGUUUUCCAAUAGCGAAAAUUACUUCUGAAAUUUCUUUUUUUGGACUGCAACAGUUCCUAUAACAUUGAAGUCAGAAGUUGUUUUCUCUAAUGGGAAAAAAACUUAUAAAUAUGUAAUUACAGCUAAUAUCUUCAAAAGAUAUGGCGCCCUAGAAUAAAAUUAUUUCUAUUUUAACUGAAUUGCCAUUGUUGAUUUAGUUUUUAUUAUUAAAUUAUAUUUUUUAACAUA